CCCUGGCCGCCUCGCUCCGGCCGCCGCUCUGCUCCGCCUGCCGCCAGCUGAUGGCUCGUGACGUCACGCUGCGUCAGCUCAGCACGGAAGGCGGCGGCGAUCAGCGCCGAAGACUCCGCUCCACGCUCUACUACGUCACUGCCAUGGGGGUGCUCGUGGGCGGUCUGAGCUACGCCGCCGUGCCGCUCUAUCGCAUCUUCUGCCAGGCGUACGCCUACGGCGGCACCACGCAGGGCCACGACGCCGAGAAGGUGCUCACCAUGAAGAAGGUCAAGGACCGUGAGAUCACCAUCCGCUUCAACGCCGACACGUCCAGCAGCAUGACGUGGAGCUUCCGACCCCAGCAGCGCCAGAUCAAGGUCCAGCCGGGGGAAACGGCGCUGGCCUUCUACACGGCCACCAACCCCACGGACCGGCCCAUUGACGGCAUCGCCACCUACAACGUCGUGCCGUUCGAGGCCGGCGCCUACUUUAACAAGAUCCAGUGCUUCUGUUUCGAGGAGCAGCGGCUUAACGCCAAGGAGCAGGUGGACAUGCCAGUUUUCUUUUACAUCGACCCUGAGUUCGAUGAGGAUCCGCACAUGGAAAACGUGAAUGAGAUCACACUCAGCUACACGUUCUUCGAAGCGAAGGACAGCAUCAAAAUGCCAGUGCCAUCUUUUGCCGUGAGAUGAGACUGAGAUUCAGCCGUCCGUGGCUAGAUGGCGCGCGCUGCGACCGGACUCGUCCGUUUCGCGGCGUAGUCGUGGUUGAGGGGCAUGAUCGUGUUGUUUGCAUGAGUCGGAUUGUGGUGGGCUAAGAAGCAACGCGUUCCGUCGCCGUGACCUUGCCGGUGUGUGUUGCUGGCCAGCCAUUCAGAUGAGUUCCGUUUGUUUACCUCGAAUGUCGGCCGCGCCUGAAAAGAGCAAGAACCCGGCGGACGCAGAUUUUGAUCGCGUAGCUUUGUAUGCGGUCACGAAGCUUUAUUUUGACCGUAAUUUACGUCGAAUUGUAACGUUUACACGUCGUGACUCUAUCACUUGGCGUGGCCGCCCCACUGGAGCAGCGUUGUGGCCCGGAGCCAGCCCGUCUGCCGUCUGGAAUACACGGCCGCUCGGGA